AUGACAAAGCUGCCCAAGGACUUCCAGCAGCAAGGCGACACCCUUCUUUCUCAUGCCAUCCUCGUCAACCGAGUCUUCAUCCUCUCUCAUCUCUACCAAGUCACCGUUCUCGAGACCAACCUCGCCACCACACAUUACAAACAAAACCUCACAUUACACAAAAUGUCUUCCAGACCAGUCAUCAUCCACCAGGCCGCUCCCUCCAUCAGCAGUGCCUACACCGCAUCCUCGGGUUCCUACCCGUCCUCCAACGGCUCUUACACCCCUCGCUCCCUCUCACCAGCCGACCCUGUCUACCACCGCGUUCACGGCGCCGAGAACCACAUGUCCUCGAGCAAGGUCUCCUCCAAGAGAGUCACGGUAGUCAACCGCAACCAGUCGGGCUACGAGCACGGCGCCCCUUCACCAAACUACGGCGGCACCUUCCGUCGAUCCUGA